AUGGGCGCGCAGUUCUCCCAAUUCUUCCCGCCCCGGCCCGCCUUCACUGAGGCGGACGUCGCGUCGCAGGAGGGCCGGGUCUUCCUGAUCACCGGCGGCGCCUCCGGCAUCGGCUACGAGCUCGCCCAGAUGCUCUACCGCAAGCACGCCCGGGUCUACAUCGCCGGGCGCUCGCAGCAGAGCGCGCAGCGAGCCAUCGAGCGCAUCGAGGCCGCCGCGCCGCCGCCGUCCUCGCGCGGCAGCCUCGCCUUCCUCGCGCUCGACCUCGCCGACCUGAGCACCAUCAAGGCCUCCGUCGACGCCUUCCGGGCCCGCGAGGCCAAGCUCGACGUGCUGUGGAACAACGCCGGCGUGUCGCAGCCGCCGCCGGGCAGCGUCUCCGCCCAGGGCUUCGAGCUGCAGCUCGCCACCAACUGCCUCGGCCCGUUCCUGCUCACGCAGCUGCUGCUGCCUCUGCUGGCCGCCGCCGCCGCCGAGGACGCGGGCAGCCCCCCCGGCUCGGCGCGCGUGGUGUGGACGGCCAGCCAGAUGGUCGAGCUGUCGGCGCCGCCGCAGGGGCUGCGCAUGGCGGAGGUGCGCGCGCCGCCGCGCGACCGCGCCCGCGCCUACGUCAACUCCAAGACCGGCAACCUGUUCCUGGCGGCCGAGCUCGCGCGCCGCGCCGCCGGCUCCGUCGUCAGCGUGUCCCUGAACCCCGGCGCCGCCGCCACCAACCUCUUCCGCCACACCCCCUGGCUGCGCUACCUGGCCUACCCCCUGCUCCACGCGCCCGCCCUCGCCGCCCACACCCAGCUCUACGCCGGCCUCUCGCCCGACGUCACGACCGCUGCCAACGGCGGCUACGUCGUCCCCUGGGGCCGCAUCCACGACGCCCUGCGCCCGGACCUGCGCGAGGCCAUGCGCCCCGUCGCCGACGGGGGCACCGGCCGCGCCGCCGAGUUCUGGGACUUCUGCGCCGAGAAGACGCGGGAUUAUUCCUGAUGCGAGCUCGCCGUCGUGCCGCCGCAGCGGAGAGAGGAGUGGUCCGGGUUCCCGGCUACGACCGAAUGUUCGGAGGGAUGUGGAUGUGCGGUGAGAGCGAGGAAGGCUCUGUAAUGGAUAGCUACACAAUAUCUACCGGACGAGGCAGGACAUGCUUCUAAAGGGUCUAGGGACCUUCUAUUUGCCAUUAGGACAUGGAGUCACGCCAGAGCUUGUAGAUUAACCUCGAUACAAUUACUUUACCCUCCGCCGAUUCGGUAUUAAUGGAUCAUUGCGUAGAAGUAUCCGAUUAUCACCAACCCAAUCCCAGCUCCAAACACACACAUCCUAUAACCCCCCCUUUAUGUUGAAAUGGAUUUCUCACUCUCAACCGAAAUCCCUAAGGCUUCGGGUCCUCGGGGGUCGCCUAAUCGAUCGUUACGGUGUAGUGCAAUUGCAACAGUCAGUCCGGGGCGGAUCGACCGCUCGAACGAGAGGGGAACUCGGAAACACGGCCAACUAGACCCCGG